ACCACCCCGAGCCUCUCACGCUAGUAAUUCUCUUCACCGUAGUGAAUGAGGUAGGUGGACAUUAAGGAAAGACGGAAAGAAAAAGCGCGUUCCGAACUGGUACCGAAACUUUUUAAAGUGCGCUUAUUUAUUAUUAUUUUUUGUGUGUGUGUGGUUUUGUAAAUGUUCAAUCGAGAUAGUUGUUUUGUGGCAAAACAAUAAGGAAGUUAAGCAAGCUCAAAGAAACAAUGAGUGAAACAACAAUGGAGGUGAACGCGGAGGCCAGGCGGAUUUUGGCCGUGUCCAUAAGCAAGCUGUACGCGUCCCGGAGCCAGCGAGGCGGUUUAAGACUCCACCGGAGCCUCCUUCUCUCCCUGGUCAUGCGCUCCGCUCGGGACAUCUACCACUCGUCGACGCCACCGCCCGAGCCCAUGGAGACCGGUCCGGAAGAGCCGGCCGAGCUCGACCUGGAGUCGGAACAGAACCCCGCCGAGUUGAACGCGACGGCGGGGGGAGGUGCGCACCGGGAGGCCGAGGAGGAAGAGGGGGAGCCCGCCGAGGACAAAGAGAACCAGAGCCCGACGCGGCCCUCACGGAAGCGGAGAGGAAAGGCGGCGGCGGCGCCUCACUUCCUCCCAAGUAAACGGGCGAGGCUGGAGCCCGGAGAGGAGCGGCACGCCGCGCCGCCGCCCGCCAGCUGCCGAAUGGGCCCCGCCGAAUCCCUCAUCUCGCUGUCUUUAAACCGAGUAAUACCCGCCUGCUGAGAGGGCGAGACACGAAGGCUCCGGUGGACUUGGAGCGCUGUUUUACCAAACUUGCACGCGGCCUGGGGGCCGCACCGAUGGUCCCGGGACGGGGCCUGAGUAGAGCGAGCUUGCCGGGCGAAGCUGGCCCGCGUGGGGGAAGCUUCUGUCCGGGUCGAACGAGCGACCCGGUGGACUGGCUGCCUGGCCCUUGGCUGAGUCGUGGAGGCACACACAAAGUGGACCACCCGGGACACCCGGGGACUCUUUACCGAGGAAGUGAGGCGUUGACAUUACACCCUCACACACACACAUGCACGCUGCUGCUGUGGACAACAACAAGGUGCUACUCAAAAAAAAAAAAACAUGCUGUUUUACAUCUUUUUGGGGGACUUUUUCUGUAUUUCAAGAAUGUGAACUUGACGUCAUAUACCUCACAUGUAAAGCUGCUUCUUUUUCUGCGGUAUUGAUAAUAAAUGAGUCUAAAGUG